AUGUUAUCUACUUCCCACCCGAACAAUCUCCAGCUCGCCCGCGCUCCGCGCCUGCAAAACCAUGUCCUCGCGCGAAACCCUUCCCUCCGCCCCUCCAUCCGGGUCCUCCGCUCCGUGCCCGCCCUCCGCGCCUGGCGCGACCCCUUGGUCCACCAGCACCGCCUCGUCGGCCUCAACCACCACGUGGUCGUGAGCAUCUACCUCAACCCCGCCCAGUUCGGCGUCGCCGAGGACUUUGCCUCGUACCCGUCCACCUGGGACGCCGACGUCGCCGCCAUCGCCCGCCUCGACCGCGAGCUCGCCGACGACGGCGCCAACCUCGGCCGCGUCUCCGCCGUCUUCGCCCCCGCCACCGCCGACAUGUACCCCGAGGGCUUCCCGGCCAGGAGAUCCACUCAAGGGCAGCUUCGUCUCCAUCACCCCCGUCGGCGAGCCCAACCGCGUCUACUUUGGCCAAAGGACGCCCAGCAGACCGUCAUCAUCCGCCGCUUGGUCCGCGACUUCCUCCUCCCCAUCGACGUCCUCCCGCAACGCCUACCUCGGCACCCGCCGCCGCGCCUCGCCACCGUCCUGAGCCGCGCCCUCAGCGCCGCCGACGCCGAGUACGCCCGCGGCGCCCGGCAGAGUUCCGUCAUCCUCGGCGCCGCCCGCCACGUUCUCCAGACCACCCUCGACCAGCAAAUGGCCCUCGCUCCCUCCGAGAGGGCCACCUACCUCGUCGACUACAUCUCCCUCGCCGACCCGGACACGAUGCAGGAGCUCGACGUUGUCGAUUCCGAAAAGGGCGCUAUCCUGAGCGGCGCCGUCAAGAUGCUCGAGGUCGAAGAGCCGCGCGAGGGCGAGGAUCUAGGUCACAGCGGCGGUCCUCCCGUCAGGUUGAUUGACAAUAUCCGACUCCAGCCCGUAUCAACCAAGUGA